UUUAACCAACAACAAGGUGAAAGAAAUUGCAACACAAUUUAUGGCACGUUUCGCGUCACUGUGUGCGAAAUUAAGUGGAAAUUUCUUCGAAACGCUCGACGACUGAGGAAAAUGUACGUCGCAAUACGAUUACCACACAUCCGAAACACCCGCACCAAGUUAAUUCAAUGCUGCCGCAGCUUGGCUUUGAGCAGAGAAUGUGCGUGCUUAUCUAAUUGUCGCGUUCCCAGUCCGGAUUUAUACGAUUUUAAACGACAUUAUGGCUUAACAAGUCAUACCAAUUUGUUUGAGAGUAAUAACAGGGUGUUUUGGAUUAGAAACAUUUCGUUGUCGCAUAUUAAAUGCGAUAAGGAACCUUUAAAACCAUCUUCUAAGGUAGAGGCUACUGUACAAGAACUUAAAAAACAAAAAGAAGAGGACGCCAAGGUUAAAGUAACUGACAUAGCUCCCAAACCAGUGGUUAAAAAGUCAAUUGCACAAAAAGUCGUCGAUGAAUUGGUGCAUUAUUACCACGGCUUUCGGCUAUUGUUUAUAGAUGUAAAAAUUUCUGCGGGUCUCGUCUUUAGAGUUUUGAGGGGAAAAACUUUGACCAGACGAGAGUACAGGUUAUUAACUCGAACGGUCGGUGAUUUGUUCCGGUUAGUCCCUUUCUCGGUGUUCAUUAUUGUUCCAUUUAUGGAACUCCUGCUACCAGUAUUUAUUAAGUUGUUUCCUGGCAUGCUGCCCAGCACAUUCCAGACAAGUAGCGAAAAGGAGGAUAAACUUAAACAAAAUUUAAAAGUAAAAUUGGAGAUGGCCAAGUUUCUGCAGGGUACCCUAGAUGAAAUGUCUGUCCAACACAAGGACCGAUACUCAGAAAAGGCAAAAGAAUUUGUUGAAUGGUUCAACAAAGUGCGGACUUCAGGGGAGCUGGUGUCAAAUCAUGAUAUCAUUAAGUUCUCUAAGUUAUUUGAGGAUGAAAUUACCCUGGACUCAUUAUCCAGAAGCCAAUUAAUAGCUCUGUGCAGAGUUCUAGAGGUGAACACAUUGGGAACCAAUAAUUUUCUCAGGUUUCAAUUGAGAAUGAAGCUGAGACAACUCGCAGCAGAUGAUAAAAUGAUCCAAAAAGAGGGAGUCCACUCUUUAACUCUCAGCGAGGUGCAGCAGGCUUGCCGUGCUAGAGGUAUGAGGGCCUAUGGGGUUACCGAAAGCAGAUUAAGAUCCCAGUUGAACCAAUGGCUAGAUUUAAGCUUAAAUGAAAAGGUUCCACCAUCUCUGUUGCUGCUGUCUAGAGCACUAAUGCUACCAGAGACAAUACCAACGGGAGAUAAACUCAAGGCUACCAUCUCCUCCCUGCCCGAGACAAUUUUGAAACAGACGCAAGCAUCUAUAGGUGAAAAGGAGGGCAAAAUAGACAAUAAGAUUCGGGUGGAACUACUCAAAGAGGAAGAAAAGAAGAUUAAAGAAGAAAGAAUAGAAAGGAGGACAGAGGAAGAGAUCUUGGUGGACAAGGCACCCACAAUAUCUGCCGCCUCCACCCCCAUAUUGGAAGACACCGCAUUGAGGAUAUCUGCUGAGAAACUCGAAAGAGUGGAGAAAAUGUCUGAGAAAGAGGAAGAGAUUCACUCUAAGGACAUAGAAAUAAUUGAACACGCAAUUGAUACUGUAUCCAAGGACAAGAAGUUGAUAGUGGAGAAGGAAGAAAUCCAAGAGCUGAAGGCGGAAAUGGCUGACUACAAGGAGGACGUGGAAGAGCUGUCCAAAGCAGUGGCAGAUACUCCCAAACCCGAAAUUAAAGAGACCAAAGCGGCGAAACGACUGUUUAAGAGCGUGAACAAGAUGAUUAGCAACAUGGAUCAGGUGUUGGACAAUUUGGAGAAGAAGGAGGCGCAGUUAAAGAAGGACUUGGAGGCGGGCGUUAGCGAUCAUAAGCAGGAGGAGUUGCUGAAAAUUGAUGACAUUAUAGCGGCCAUACACAAGAUCAAGGACGUUCCCGACCAGAGCCGGUUGGAGAAGAUAGAGAAGGUGCUAAGAAAGAUUGAUGACGACCAUGAUGGAUCGUUGAAGGUCGAAGAUGUUGUGAAGGUCAUAGAAAUAAUAGGCAAGGAGAAUGUCAAACUGAGCAGUAAGCAGAUCGACGAGGUGAUGCAACUGAUCGACAAGGAGGAAAUUCUAGAGGUUGAAGAUAAGAUCGAAAAGGCCCUGCAAAAGGAUAAGGCGGCCAAACAGGCAGAGCGGUUGGAAGAGAAGGCAAAGAUCGAAAGUAAACGCGAAGAGAGCUCGAACGAAGGGGAGGGGAAGGAGAAAUCAGAUCAGGGGUCUGGUACCCAAGCGAAACCCAAAAUGGAUUCCCGAACUGUGAUACCACCACCGCCCAGUAUUGAGAAAAAAACCGAAAACAGUUCCAAGAUGCUUUAAUAAAAUUCCCUUGUUGGGUAAACGUGGUUAUAAUAAUUAUAUAGUAUCAAUUCGGUUUGUACAGCUAAAAAAAUAACUAGGAUAGACUUGCAAAAGGAUUAACCCAAAAAUUUUUACAUCUAGGGUGCACAACAUUUUCUAAAAACGGUUUCUAGAUAUGAAAAUGUACAAAUCGACUAUAAACCUAAUAAAUUAUUUUUUAAUGUUUCGUUCCCUCAAAGGACCCUGCAAAUGAAUUUUUCUUUGGUGAUAACUGACCCGGUAAAAGUCGGAGGCGGUUUUUUUUAUUUUCUUCAGAGUAUAUAGCUUAUUUUUCUCAGGAACGCUUUUACUUUAUCUUGCUGUAUAAUGUAGCGUUUAUUUUGUGUGCUAUUUUGUAUAUUGUACAUUAAUAUACCAUAAACGGCUGUGGAAAUACCACGGGAGUUUGUUUUGAUAGAAAUAAAACUACAUCGAGAUUU